AUGAAAACGGAAAAUGAAGAGUCAAUAACACGUAAGAGUUCAAAUAUUCAACCAUUGUUAUCAGUGUUAUCACAGGGUUCAUCAGUGAAAAAACCCUAUGAAUCAAUGCUUGAUAGUCUUAUCAACGAUCCAGCAAUGCAAAAGGAAAUAGCACUUGGUAAACGGAUAGGUUUUUAUAGUAUUUGUGAAGAAAUUGGCUCGGGAAAUUUUUCAAAAGUUAAUCUUGGCAUACAUUGUUUGACAAAUGAAAAAGUAGCAAUGAAAGUUAUGGAUAAAUCUAAGAUGAAAGAAAAAUUACUGGAACAUGAAAUAAAAUCAAUGGAACAACUUCAUCAUCCGAAUAUCAUUCGUCUUUUUGAGUGCGUGGAAACAACUUCACGAAUAUAUCUCGUGAUGGAAUAUGCUGGUUUUGGUGAACUUUAUUCUUAUAUUCAUCAUCGAGGAAAACUUUCGGAAAAUCACUGCAAGCCAAUUUUUGCUCAAAUUGUUUCCGCCAUUUCAUAUAUACAUUCCAAAAAUAUCAUUCAUCGUGAUAUAAAGGCAGAAAAUGUGCUACUAUCAGCGCCAGAUUGGAUUAAAUUAGCCGAUUUUGGUUUUGCAUGCCAAGUGAAUCCAAACGAUAGGCUAACAACAUUUUGUGGUUCACCAGCAUAUGCUGCACCUGAACUUCUCAGAAAUGAUGAAUAUUAUGGUGCAAAUGCAGAUAUUUGGGCAAUUGGUGUAUUGCUAUAUUUUAUACUUGUUGGUAGGACACCAUUUAGUGGUGAAACAAUUAAUAAUUUAAAACAGUGCAUUUUACGAGGUGCUUAUCCAUUACCUAAUUAUCUGAGUAUAUCAGCGCAGCGCGCAAUCAGUCAAAUGCUUGUUAUUGAUCCCAAGAAACGGAGUACCAUCGAUGAUAUAAAGAAUUGUAGUUUUCUGAAGGAUUGCAAAUUUACCAAACGGUAUAUACAAUUUAGUAUGAUACCGAAUGAAAAAGAAUUGAUCGAGAAUCCAUUAGCGCUUCAAGUACGUAAUAAAUUACGGUUUUAUGGUAUCACUGAAGCAAUUAUUAGAGAUGGUUCAUUAAAAGGAAUUCGAAAUGCUGCAAUUGGAACAUAUCGUAUUGUACUUCAUCAAGCACAACAGGAUUACGAUCGACGAGAGCGUAAUCGUGUUUGUACUUCUCUCUUUUGGCAUAAUGUGUUAAUUACAGAGUAUUAA